CGGGGCGAGCGGCGGUUCCUGCAGAUGUGGGGCGCAGCGGCGGCGGUGUGGGUGGCGGCAUGGGCGUGCGUGGGCGGGGCGGCGGCGCGAGACGGGCGCUACACGUGGGGAAAUGCCUUGACGGACCCCACGGCGGCAGGCCCAGACGGCAGGCCCUACCCCAGUGACCUCAUCAACCGCCUCUACGCCGACGGGGAGUUCCGGGGCCCGAGGAACAUGCGUCGGGGGCGAACUCUCCACCACACCUUGGACCCGGACACCACACGAGCUCGCCUUCUUAGCAUGUAUCAAGAAGCCAACUCGCCCCAGAAGCUUAUGCCGGAGGGUCGUAGUAUGGCAGACACAUCCCCCAGCAAAAACCUCGUGAGCAUGGCGGACGCGGUGAAGACAGCCUCCGCCGCCACCGCAAAGGACGAUCAGGGCACUUCGGCGGCAGGGGAGGGAGGAAGCCAGUGUCCGCAAGGCCCGCCCGCCCGCCUGUGUAAAACCAGCUACAACACAACGGCGCCAAUGUACGGGAUCAGCCUCACCUCCGGCCAGCCCGUCACCAUCGUGCAGAAGUUCCCCGACCUCCUGCAGCAAGUGAUCUUCGAGAUGUGCGAAUCGGAGACGUGUGAAAUCCUCCAGGGUCAGUGCGUGCAGACCUACGUGCCUUAUCUGUUCCUGGUCAUCCCUCUCGGCCCCGUCACCCUCACCGGACAAGACUACGUGCUGGUGGAGUCCGGAUGUGCCUGUCAACCCAAGUACAGUCAAGGGCCCAUCCCAUCCCCUGUUGACGCUAUCCCCGGGCCACCUUAAGCUAUAGUAAUCCUCAGUCUUCAAGAACCGUCGACUUCCUAUAAUGUUAUCCAGUACAGUUUAGGCCCAUUCCAUCCCCUCUUGAUUCUAGACAACUUAAGUCCCAUUUCUCUACUCUCGAUUUCCUUAUUGGUGUUGAUUUUCUUUGAUGUCGAAUUAUCAAGGCCUGACUCACUCUCAUUUCUUAAGCUGGUAACUCCCUGUCUUCAAGAACCGUCGACUUCCUAUAAUGUUAUCCAGUUCAGUCAAGGGCCCAUCCCAUCCCCUGUUGACUCUAUCCCCGGGCCACCUUAUGCUAUAGUAAUCCCCAGUCUUCAAGAACCGUCGACUUCCUGUAAUGUUAUCCAGUACAGUCUUGAUGUUAUGCACAGAGGGUUUUACAAGUCAUUGAACGUCUUUUGUGAGUGUUUUCGUGAUGUUAGUAAGGUUAGGAAAGUUGACAAAGUGUCCUUAUUCUUAUUGACGUCUUGGAAAUAUGCGGAAAAGACUCCCAUGUGACUUGUAAACCUCCUAAAAUUCCUUUGACAUCCUCUGCCCUUGACAUCCUAACUCAAGACUCCCCGUUCGAAUCCUUUUCACCUCCAAGCUCGAUUUAAGUAGAAAAGGAAAGGAAAGCAAAAGGAUUCAAGUAAAGGACACUAAGGACUUCUUGUUGUUCGCCUUGAAGGAGGGAAGGAAGGAAAUGAUGGUAAGGAAGUUUUAGGAGUGUGUGUUAUAAAAAAAGUUGUAUUGUUAUUGUUUUCUUUAUUAUUUUUUGUUGUUUUUUAUGGCCCUUUCUGUCUAUUUAUUUAUUUAUUUAUUUGUGUUUGUUUAUGUGUGUUUGUUAGUUUGUUGGUUUGUGUUGUUUGUAGAGUACAGGUGUUUGUUGUUUGUAUGUCAUUUGUCUGUUUGUAGUUUGUGCGUAUGUGUGUGUU